CCACCAAAGAGAACAUCCAUCCAUCCAUCCUCACUCCCGGUUCUAACUCUCUCAACAAAUCAGAGGUCACAGAGAGAGAGUCUCUCUUUCUCUCACUGAAACAGAGAAUCACAGCAAUCGCAUUGUUCAGUACUGCACCAUUAAUGCGUCUCAGCAACAAAGCGUGAGAGAGAGACCUCCAUACUUUUUCACGGAUUCCUCUAAUCAAAUACUCACUGUACAUUCAACAGAGAGAGUGUGAGGAAGUGAGAUAGAGAGAGAGUGUGUGAAAUUAAUGGACUUGAGUAAGGUAACGCUUGAGAUCUUCUCUAAGCUGGAGCAGAAAUGGCUCUCGCACUGUGAAAACACCAACAAGACUCGAGUUCUCAGUAUUGAUGGAGGUGGAACCGGCAUUGUUGCUGGAGCCUCUCUCAUCCAUCUGGAGGAACAGAUCCGCCUCAAGACCGGCGAUCCACAAGCAAGGAUCGCUGAUUUUUUUGAUAUUAUUGCAGGAACUGGUAUUGGAGCUCUCCUCGCUGCUAUGCUCGCCGCCGAUGAUGGCACUGGACGGCCUCUUUUUACUGCAGCAGAGGCUGUUGGAUUUAUCAGGACGAGGAAAUCAGACUUGUUCAAGGCCAAAUUCCCCGGGAUUCUCCGUCGGCGCGGCAAAUUCUCCGGCAACAGCAUGGACAAGGCACUGAAGGAAGCGUUCAAGCGAGAAGAUGGAGAGUUAUUGACCUUGAAAGAAACGUGUAAGCCUCUUCUCGUUCCGUGCUUUGACCUGAAGAGCUCCGCUCCAUUCGUUUUCUCACGAGCUGACGCGUCCGAGUCCCCGAGUUUCAACUUCGAACUGUGGAAAGUUUGCCGUGCCACAUUAGCGACACCUGGACUCUUCAAGCCAUUUUCCUUGACCUCAAUUGACGGAAAGACUUCCUGCACAGCCGUUGACGGCGGUCUCGUGAUGAACAACCCGACGUCGGCUGCUGUCACGCACGUACUCCACAACAAGCGCGAUUUCCCGUCGGUAAACGGCGUUGAGGACCUCCUGGUCCUUUCCUUAGGUAAUGGACCAUCAAAUGCAUCGCGUGGGAGGAAGCUUCCUAACACAAACCAUUGCUCGACGUCGUCCGUCGUUGAGAUUGUGCUUGACGGCGUAGCGGAGACGGUAGACCAGAUGUUGGGUAACGCAUUUUGUUGGAAUCGAACGGAUUACGUCAGAAUCCAGGCAAACGGUUUGAUUAGUGAGGGAGUGGUGGGCCAGAGAAAAGAGGUGGAAGAGGUGUUAAAGGAGAGAGGGGUGGAGUCGUUACCGUUUGGCGGGAAGCGGUUACUAACGGAGAGUAACGGAGAGAGAAUCGGAAGUUUCGUGCAACGCCUCGUUGUUUCAGGGCGAAGCACGAGUCUGCCACCCAGUCCCUGCAAGUUCACCGCCGUUAGCCCUCUCCUUAACCGUUAGAUUCCGAUAGUCUACUACCUCAGUGUUUUAAUUUUUUAAUUUUUUUAGUUUAUUUUUGGACCGCUUUUAUCAGUGUAACCUCUGGGGGCCCACCUCGGGUUCACUCAACUGUGUUUUAGCUAAAAAUUACCGUGUUUAUUUGUCACACCCGGACAAUUAGUUUGAGUGAUAAAGAUAAUCAUAUAUUAUUUUUCUUAAUUAUUAGGGUUUGAAUCCUCUUUUCGAUUUCAAAUAGAAUAUUAAUUUAUCAUUAUUAUUAAGUGCA